GAGAGCCGCUCUUAAUAUCUCUCGAAAACUGAUGCUGCUGCUGCUUAUCGGUAAGAACCUCCAGCAAGGCCAGAACAUCGGCUUGAGAUCGGCACCAGCUUCAGUUUGAGUGAGGAACGCGAGCGAAGCAGACGUAGAAUUUAAGUUGUUCUGCAAUACGUUGGUGAUAAAGAAAAUCGGCGGCUUCUUUGCAACGAUUCCUAAAUUACAUAUAUAUAUUUAUAUAUAUACAAAGUUGAUGCGAUAUCAGAGCGAGGCGUGUAAAUUGUGUUAUUAAAUCGGCAUAUUCACGAGUCUUUAUUCAGCGAAUCAUGCGACUGAAGUGUUCCGUGUUUGUGUUUCUAUUUUUGGUAAUCGAUGUCGGUCGUGCAUUCAACAUAAUUGGCGUCAAUAAGCAAAUGCUCUACGAAUAUGUGGGCAAUGUACUGGUUGGCUCCAAGCCACAGGACGAAGGACGUCCGGCACCGCCAACAACUGGCUGGAUAGUACGUGGAAAACUCACGCUCCAACGACAGAGUGAACUUGUCAUGGCAGCCGCGCUGGUCAUAGACGACGUAACACUGAACAAUUCUGGCGAAAAGUUUUUGCAGAACAAAGAAAUGUAUCCGCCCUAUAAGCCCUUUAAGAUCAUCCUUACCAAGGAGGGCACCAUCUCGCAUGUGGUAUUCAAGGAAGGCGAUCCCAUUUGGUCGAUGAACUUUAAACGCGCCAUUGCCAGCACACUGCAGUUCCAAAUAAAGUCCAGCGGCGCCUUUGUGGUGGAUGAGACGGGCAUACAUGGGCAGUGCCAGACCGAGUAUUUUGUGUCGAACAAGACAAACUACAUAUCCAUACGGAAAACGCCCGAGCUAAAGACCUGUGUGCCCUACUCGGAAGCCGUGCACAUUACGCGCAGCAAUGUACCCCCGAACACGUGUGAAUUCGAUCACCAGAAGAGCGUCAUCAUUGGCAAUGAGGCAAUUUACGGCAUAUUACCGCACAAUGAGACGGGUUACUUCCUCAGCAUGGCCCAUGCCAAAGGCACUACGCUGAUCCACACCUUCGAGUCCACGGGUGAGGCGCAGUACAUUAACUCGGAACUGCUGCUUAACUUUCAAAAUGAGACACCGAUUGACAACCCCAUUGAUAUUGAGACCUCCAUGUCGACAGAAAUUUCAAAUUUGCAAUUGCAACCGAUUGAAAUCAACGAUCCGACUGGCGGGAGAAACCCACAGCAGCAGGAGACUUUGAUAGCCGCAGCAGCCGCCCUUCUGGACAACCUGGCCGAGGCGUUAGAGAGCACAGAAUUUAAGUUUAAUGAGCCCUACGACUCAACACUGUCCGAUGUGAUAAAACUACUCAGUGAAAUGGAUUUUGAGUCGCUAAAGAAACUCUACACAGAAGUCGACAUAGGCACUUCCUAUCGCCAAGAGACGAUACGGAACAUCUUUCACGAAAUCAUACCGCGCAUCGGCACAAAAGCCUCAGUCUUCCUCACUCGCCACCUGGUCAAGGAGAAGACGAUAAAGUCAAACAUUGCGGUGCAGCUGCUGAUCCCCAUGCCCUUUCACAUAUUCGAACUGUCAGCGGAACUUGUGAAGCAGUGCGAGGAAUUCUUGAGUAUUGGACCCGAUCGUCCGGACGUCCGGCAGGCGGCUAUUUUAAGCUUUGCCACACUCGUCUACAACGUUUACGUGGCACGUGGCAUUGACAAGGAUCAGUUUGAGGAAUAUGUUCAAAAGUAUUUCAACUUGUACUUGAACGAGCGAGACUACGAGCAAAAGAUGCUGUUUCUGCAGGGGCUUAGCAAUCUACAGCUGGGCAAUGUGGCCAAUUAUCUGGAGCCGAUCGUGAUGGAAGAAGGAAACGAGGAUCUAAGGUUCAUGGCUGCCUGGACAACACUCGCAUUGGCCGACAAGCGGGCCGAACGAAUCUACGAGAUCUACUGGCCCAUCUUUGAGUCCCGUAAUGCUAGUCUGGAGUUGCGUGUGGCUGCUGUUACCCUGCUGCUUAUAUCGAAUCCCACGGCAGCGAGACUGAUCAGCAUUCAUCGCAUCAUACAAAGCGAAACGGAUCCACACUUAAUCAACUACUACCGCACCACAGUCACCAGUAUAUCUGAGACAACAUAUCCGUGCUAUCAGCAUCUUCGUCGUCUGCUCUCCUACAUGCAUCGGCAUCUUCCCCAGAAACCAGAACCUCGCUAUUGGGUAACAGGCAAUUACAUAUUCGAUUACCGAGACUCCAAGUUCGGCAUUGGCGCAAUGCUGCAAACCUUUCUGGUGGGCGAUCCAAAGACGGAUAUGCCCGUUGUGGCAUUUUUCAAGUUCGACACUGAAGCGCUGGGCAAGUUUACGGGCCAGCUUGCGCUGUAUAUCAAAGCGCGUGGACUUCCCGAUGCUAUUUGGCAGACAGUGCAGUCCAAAGCCAACGGCUCCGAUCCUCUUACAUUCAAGAGCAUCAAGACGUUGUUGGCCAUGCUAAAAGCUCCCAUUGUCAACUCGAAGAAUUUGCACAUCGAGUUCAUACUGCAAAUGGAGGGCAAAACUGUGCUCUCCUACUAUUUGAACCAGCGCAUGUUCCAACAGCUGACCUACGACAACAUUUUGGAUCGCCUGCAACUGCUGAUCCGCACGGAUAGCCACAUUAACAUGCAGACAGUGCGCUGGCCAUUCAUGAACAAGUACUCAGUGCCCACUGUGUUGGGCACAUCUUCCGAUGUGCUGCUACAGACCACGGUGCUCACGUCACUGCGUGGCAAUAUUACGGAGCAUCGGACGCCGCCCGGUACCAAGCACACGCUAGAGAUCGAUGCACGUUACUCAUCGUAUGCAUCGGUGCGCAGCCGCAGCUACAAUCCCUUUCUGAACUUGGACCAUGAAAUAAAACGGGAGCAAGGCUUCCUCAUCUACAUACCAUUCAGCAGCGAGCUGACCCUGAAUGACAGCGCCAGGUGUGCUCGGUAUACCUUCUCGCGCCCACAGAAUCUGACCAGUGGCUUGUCCUUUAAGUCGCGAGCCGUGACAUCAACUCGUGGCCUGGUCACCAAAACAGCGGCCGCACCCUACGAGGAGAUUAUGUAUCCAGAGAGAGGCAACGAAGUGUUCCAGCCGUUUAGCUAUGCCAUACCAGACUUGGGCGUCAAAUUGAAGGUCAACAUAAAUCUGAAUGAGAUGAUUAAGUUCAGGGGCAUGCUGCUAAAAUCCGAGUUCAUAGAGAAUGGCUUCUCCCGCAACAUGGUCGUCAGUCUGAUGAUGUACGUCUUUGGAUUUACUCAACUCAGCUCCAUCCACUUGGGCCAUGAUCGCAACUUUACACUCUUGAUGUACAAUGAAAAUGCCACCAAGAUCGAUGGCAAUAUAUGUGUCGAGGACGUGUUCAAGACAUCCGAGCUGAAGGGCAAGCAAAUAGGAUUCACUCUGGAGCACGCGGACGAGACACAGAAUGUGGAGUCGCUUCACAAAUGGAACGUCACUGUGGACAUUCAGACAUCAACGAAGUCCAACUGGUUUAAGGUCACUGGCAAAGUGCAAAGGAAUUCGAAGGAUGACGAGGAGGAUUGGAAGGCUUGCACCAAGUUGACCUAUGAACCACUUGUCUUCACCAAACGCCCGCACACACUCAAUGGCUAUGUGGUCUUUGGCCUGGCUGACGAGAAUGGGGAAUGCCCGGAGACAGGCUCAAAGGUUCAGUUUGCGGCACGUGCAGGCCCCUCGGAGCAUGCACGCGCCUUUCUACGAUCUGACAAGAUUUCGCUAACGGACACAGAUUUCUGUCCCAAGGAGGUGCUCAAGUUCUCGCCGAUACCAACUUCAAAAUAUUGCAAGCGCAGCAAUUUUGAAAAUUUCACAUCUAUAACACAAUAUGACAUGGACUUAAAGUUUAAUAAUAUGCCCGCCUGGUUCGAGCUGUGGUCCACGCGUCUAGAUCAUCUGGUGUCCGCGUUUUCCGCCAAUAAGGUAGACAGCUUGCAUAUGAGUCAACAGAUUAACAUAACGAUGCACACGCCGCACGAUCACUUCUGGCUAACUGUGGAGGUGAAUGGUGUCCAUUGGCGUAUAUAUCAUAUACCGUUCCUCUACAGGCUGGACUCCAAGUUUGAUGCAUCGCACCAGCUGACCUAUGACUCGGGCUUGAAACGCUCCUGCUCAGUGAUCAAUGGGAUGAUCAAUUCAUUCGAUGAUUACCUCAUUAAUCUAGGAGAGAUUGCAGCUCACUCGAAUUGCCUAACUUUGCUGGUGGCAGAUUGUUCGCCACUGCCAAAGAUGGCUGUGUUCAUCACUCCGUCACCUGAUGCCCAGAGCCUGGCCAGCAACUAUGGACUCCGUGUACACAUUGGCCCCAACUAUUUUAAUUUCCGUUCGCGUGCCGGUAACAGCAGUCAGAUCGAUGAAUCUCCCGUCUUCAUUUACGUUAAUCAGGCACAAACACCAUAUGACGUACGCCAGAAGCCAUACCAAUGGCCAAUCGAUGACAGCGAUUAUGCAUUCCGGGUGGAACUCAACGAACAAAAUAUUUUGAUAGUGGAGUGUACCAAGCUGAGCGCUACCAUCCAGUUCGACAUGUACAACAUAUUGAACUUCGAGAUUUUCGGUGUCUACAAGCAUCAAAUGUGCGGCCUCUGCAGUAAGCCGCUUAACCGCAUGCAGAACUACACGCUAUGUGAGCUGGACACGGGGACGACGACGACACAAAUGCCUGUGCGGAAUUUAUCUGAAACACCUCUUACCUUAUAACAGUCAUAAAGUAUAACUAAAGUUAAGAGAGCGCUAUAGAAAGGAACUCGAAAACAUAGCUAAGAUACAUGUAGAGCUCGGCGGUCUUUAAAAACAAAUUAAUAAGAAAACAAAUAUAACUUAAUUAUACUUUUAACAAAACUUAGACAACAUAGUGCUUCUAAAAUGUACAGAGAUAAAUUGUACCAUACGUCACCAUAGAGGUUUACGAAUUGUAGCAUACUUAUUGGGGCCCGAAACUAACUAUUA